AUCUUCCCCUUUCUCUGCUUCUGAGAACGCGUCUCUUCUCUCUCCUCCAUCGUCCUCACACAGCUCCCCCAUUUUUCCAUCUCGUAUUUUACUAUAUAUCCUCGCUUCUUUUCCAUGUCCUUUUCGUCUACUCGAGACCGAACCCUCAACCCUACAUCGGACGGCCCACAGACGUCCGCGUCGUCUUCGUCGUCUUCGUUGCCCGCUCCUAUCUUCUUAUUUAACCCCGGCUCUAACCCUAAACCUAACCCUCGUUCUUUCCGCAUUUUUUACCCCGCCUCCAUAGAUAUCUCUGCGGUACGUCUCAUCUCUCUUUUCGCUUUCUCUCGGGUUCGUCACUUCUCUCUUCAUCUUUUUGAGGUUUUCAACUCUGUAGGCGCGAUUGGUUUGUUGAUUGUCCAUGGCAAUUGUGAAGAACAGUCGCAAGGUGUCAAGGCUGGAAGGCGAUUUCUACCCCUGUACGGAUUCGAUGGAGGACGAAGACGGGAGCUCUAUGUUGAUGGAUUCUGCCGACGGUAGCGUUUCGGGCGAUGGAGCAUCUGAUGCGGAUUCCGGUAUGGGUUCCGACGAAUUCGAUUUAUCGGAGGUUGGGGAGCCCGGGAUGGAGCUUUGCCAGGUUGGAAACGAGAGCGUUCUCUUAUCACAGGAACUGUACGAGCUUCCGAACCUUGGAUUGGUUCUUUCGCUCAAAGCAUGGAAUCAGCUUCUAACUGAGGAGGAGCGGUUCGCAUUAGCGGAAUACCUUCCCGACAUGGAUCAGGAAAACUUUGCCUUAACUCUGAAGGAGCUUUUUUCUGGAAGUAAUAUUUACUUUGGGAGCCCGCUUGAGGUUUUCUUUAAUCAUUUGAAGGGCGGACUCUGUAACCCCAGCGUGGUUCUCUAUCGCAAAGGUUUGAAUAUCUUCCAGAGACACCAGCACUAUCAACAGUUGUGUGAGUAUCAGAAUUCCAUGGUGGGAAACCUUGUUUAUAUAAGGGAUUUGUGGCAGAACUGUAGUGGGUAUGGAAUUGAAGAGAGAGUGAGGCUUCUGAACAUUCUGAGGAACCCGAGGAAUCUGAGUUAUGAUAGGAAUGGGGAGUUGGGUUUGGAGACUGAUUAUGGAAGCAGUGACUCAACUGAAGCUUGCUGGAGUCGAAGAUUCAGUAAUGGUCAUGAGGAGCUGAAUUCAUGGCGGAAAGCUUCUUUUAAUGCUUUUAGUCAGAGUAGUAGAACCACCAUGCAGCCAGUAAGGUCAGGGAAGGCAAAGGGGAUAUUGAAGGUAGCUGCUAUGAAGGUCCCUGCAAAGAUGGAAGACAGAAGAAGUCCAGGAAUUGCUGGGCGAAGUAUUCUUGGAACCAUGGAAGCUAAUUCUGUCUCUUCGAAGUUGCUUAGAAGGAAUUUUUUGAAGAGGCAUGCCCAUGAUAAGCAAACUGAUUUCGGUGUGGCAGAUUUUGAUGAGUAUGUUGGGAAAUCUGGUUACAUUAACAACCACACCGAAUCUGUUCAGGCCGUUACAAUUGCUUCUUAUGAUUGUAAAACUUUAAAUAAAAUGAUUACAGUGAAGGAUUCUGACAAGGACCAGAAAGUUCCUGCCUUUCAUCCUGCUGGCCCUCGUUCAUUUGAUGACUCAAAUAUAAGGGGUAAGAAAUGGAAGGUUGAAGAUGAUUUCAGAACCAGUAAAAGUGGUUUCGGUUCUAUGCUUAGAUCUUGUAAGCGUCAUCCCGCUGAAUGGAGCAGUUCUCAUUUCCGCUGGGAUUAUACAACCAAGAAUUUACAAAGUGAGCUCAGAAGGAAGUCUUCUCAACAUGAAGGAGAUGGUGUGGAAUACUCAAGGCCUAGUCUUGUUAAAGAUCAAAGUGAGGAAACACAGUCUGAUUCAUCAGAAAAGGUUGAGGCAUAUAGGGACAUGUAUUCCUACUCCAGCAAGGCAGUGUUUUCUAAUCUAGUAAUGGAGGUUCACGAGCCUGAAAUUAAACUAGAAGAUCUUAAAUUUCCAAGUAAACGGGCCAAAUCCAGUGAAAAAGUUUCUCAACCAACUGAUGGAGGCAUGAUUGAUCGAACACUGGAAGUGGAGCCUCACUCUCGUAAAGUUAAGAUGAAAGCUAGAAUGCAUAAAGGGGAAACCGAUCAUUCCGGGGAAGCAAAUGAUUUGUGUGACAAUGUAAGGGGCGUUACAAAUGAAGCUGAGGGUUUGGAUUUAAAUGCCAGAUUAAGCAAUACGGAAAAACAGACAAACAGGGCUGAAAAAAAGAGUCAAAUCUCCACUGAUUUUGUUUUGGAGGAUUUUAAUCAUGAAAGGGCAAGCAAGCCCAAUCUUGCCUGUAAUUCCCAGUCAAAGAAGAGGAAAGGAAAAGGAGAUGAACCAAAUAGGCUGAUUGCAGACUCUUCUACAAUGAAGAUGAAAAGGGGAAGGAAAACCAUUCCUGUAGUAGUUACUCCAUCUGUUGUGUCUUCUGAACCAAUCGCGAAGCGUGGGUCUGAGUUAGAGAUGGAUAUGAAAACCCGCAGGAAAUCAUUCACUUUGAUCACUCCAACCAUUCAUACGGGCUUUUCAUUCUCAAUUAUUCAUCUCCUUUCAGCCGUCCGGAAGGCUUUAAUCACAGCUCAAAUGGAAGAUACUGAAGAUAUCGGUAAUCAUCUCAGAGCGGAUGAUGCAGGCAGGUUUACAAUGGCAGGAGAGCAGAAAAAGUUACUUCAGAUCGCCAAUGGUGAUUCUCAGAGUAAUUUACCAUCCCUCAGAGUCCAGGAGAUCGUUAAUAUAGUCAAGUCAGAUCCAGGGGAUCCUUGCAUCCUUGAAACUGCGGAACCACUCCAUGAUUUGGUCAGGGGAGUGCUGAAGAUAUUCUCCUCCAAGACAGCGCCUUUGGGAGCCAAGGGUUGGAAGGCCCUUACCCUGUACGAGAAAUCGAUCAAAAGCUGGUCUUGGGUUGGCCCAGUUUCUUCCAAUUCAUCUGAAAUUGACAAUGCUGAAGAAGAAACUUCUGCUGAGGCAUGGGCCAUUCCGCACAAAAUGCUGGUAAAAUUGGUGGAUGCAUUCGCUAAUUGGCUGAAAAGUAGUCAGGACAUCCUUCAACAAAUAGGAAAUCUUCCUCUACCACCUCCAAUGUUACCUGUUGUGGAUAACAAGGAUAGGUUCAGAGACCUCAGAGCCCAGAAGAGCCUGAAUACAAUCAGUCCAAGUUCCGAAGAAUCGAGAGCAUAUUUUCGUCGAGAGGAGUUCUUGCGAUAUUCAAUUCCAGACCGAGCUUUUCAAUACACCACUUACAAUGGAAGAAAGUCCAUUGUUGCACCAAUUCGAAGGGGCGGCGGCAAGCUGACAUCAAAAGCUCGUGAUCAUUAUAUGCUCAAGCCCGAUCGUCCCCCGCACGUCACCGUCCUUUGCCUCGUUAGAGAUGCGGCGGCCCGAUUGCCUGGAGGUAUUGGAACCCGAGCCGAUGUUUGCACCCUUAUAAGAGAUUCACAAUAUGUUGUUGAAGAUGUUAGUGAUUCACAAGUCAACCAAGUUAUCAGCGGGGCUUUAGAUAGGUUGCAUUACGAACGCGACCCUUGUGUUCAGUUUGAUGGAGAACGAAAAUUGUGGGUUUAUCUCCACGGCGAUCGUGAAGAGGAAGAUUUUGAGGAUGAUGGGACUUCAUCCACGAAGAAAUGGAAGCGGCAGAGGAAAGAACAUCUUAACACUGUUUUAUCAGAUGUUAACAUGAAUGAGAAAGGUGAGCUUUUUUGUGAUGAUAUGAGACCAAAGAGAGAGAAUAUUCACUCUUAUGUGGACGCCGCAUGCAGUGAGAUACAUACGAGUAAUUCAAUUGAUUGGGGGGUGUCGCGGGAGAACCAAAUGGUUUGUCAAGAGAACUCCACAGAUCAUGAUUUUGAUGAUGAAGGUUUCGUCAGAGAAAGGGCAGUCGAUCUUUUGAGUGCCGGCUUAUUUUGA